AUGGUUACUUUACCAAAACCACUAUUUUGGAAGGCAUUAGAAACCGAAUCAUCACACACUGCUGAAUAUAUCUCAGAAAAAUUAGAAGUAAUUAGUGAAGUUGGCCAAGAUAAAGUUGUUGCAGUUUUGACUGAUAAUGCAGCCAACAUGAAAAGGGCUCAUAAGAUUCUUAAUAAUAAAUUUAACAAAAUUAUUUUUAUAGAUUUACCUUGGGCAAAAGAAAUUAUAGAUUCUGUCAAAGAUAUUGUUAAAUUUUUUAAGAAACAUCAUAACAAAGGGUCAUGUUUAAAUAGAAUCCAAAUUGAAAAAAUUGGUAAAAGAAUACAAUUGCAAUUACCUG